AACCUGUUAAUGAGAAGGUCACUUGUAAUAAUGUUUAUAGUCUCUUUACCAUGCAUUGUUUUUGACAACUUUUAAAAAUAUGUUUUAUCUUUGUAAAUUCACACAAUAUUUCUGGCGCCAAGAUAAGACGAAGCAGCUACGCAAUUUAUAAAUUCAAUGUCGAUGCAAAAAAAAGUUUACUUUCCUAACAUGAGAAAUUUAUUGAAAAAUUAGAUAAGAAUGCUGGACAAACAGAGUCAAGAAAUGCGAACUUCACAAUCAAGAUAAAAUCAUGAGAAUUCUGAAAGAGGAGAAUGGAAACUACGUCGAGGAAUGUCGUCUUCAGAACAGUUCCCCAAUCCAGAGUCCUGAAAGACGACAUGUUUUCUUUCCACCAAAUAAUGCUGGUUCCCCUCACACACCUUUACUUAUGAGCACCGACAGUGAGGAUGAAAGUGAAAGUAAAACUGAAGAAGUUUGCACUGUUAAUAUUGAAAAUGCUCCAACAGAAAAUGAAGUUUUAGUUUUUCCAGAUGAAUGGCAUAAAACACUGAUGACUAUGCUUUUUAUGGGUCUAGGGUUCAUCAUAACCACCUUCAGUCUAAUUUUGACCCAUGAGCGAAUGCCUGAGGGGGAUCCGUUGCCGGAUAUAUUCCUGGAUAAUGUGAGUUAUAUAUCCUGGGGUUUAAAGCUGAGUGAAGUUUUGAUGAUAACCUCAAUAUUUGCUGCAAACUUCGUAGUACUGGCUCAUACACACAGGUCCAUUAUAUAUCGGCGAAUAUUCUUUCUUCUUGGGAUUCUAUAUUUCUACCGAGCAGCUACUUUCUACGUCACUGCUCUCCCUAAAUCAGACAAACUUUACCACUGUGAUAAAAAAAAUAAUGGAUCUCUACCCUUCUCAGAAUUAGUAUCGCGUGUUGUAAAGAUAUCAACGGGAGGAGGACUGUCUAUUAAUGAUAACCAGGUUUACUGUGGGGAUUUUAUAUUCUCUGGACACACUGUAAUGCUCGUCACAUCCUACUUGGCAAUAACAGAAUACGGACCAGCACGCUGCUUCCUGAUCCAGUGGAUAUCCUUCUUUACCUCACUGUUUGGUGUUCUCUUCCUUCUCCUUGCUAGAGGACAUUACACAGUGGAUGUUCUAAUAGCUUAUAUAUUAACUACUAGGAUAUGGUGGGGAUACCACACAAUAGUAAACAGCGAAACUUUAAAGAAAAUAACUAAAGAAAACAGUCUCUCAAAACUCUGGUGGUUCAGAUUACUGAGAUAUCUAGAAGCGAAUGUCCCUGGUCCUAUUCCCUCCAGAUACAGUUUUCCCCUUCCACAGGCCUGGAAGUCAUGCAUAACUUCAAAAUUUCAUAAGAAAGUCAAGGUGGAUUCUGAACCAGAAACUUCCUAAUUCUAUAUAUCAGCUUCCUAAUCCAGUUUAUCUGUAUGGAUCACAGUCCUAAUCUAGUCUCCUAUGGGAUCCACUUCUUCCUAAUUAAAUCUGCCCUAUUUGUUCCCAAUUAAGUCCAACUUGAGUUUGCGCUUUCCAAAUUCGCUUUAAGUGGAGAAAACUGACUUGGACAGGGCGUUAAGCGCUUAUGUCCGCACUUAGUCUGGACAUACAACUGUCGUCUGUAGAGUUGAUCAUAAUAGAGCAAAGACGGAAUUGCUGUGGAGUUCAGCCCUCUUUAAAGAUCAUGCAGCUACUGCUCAAUAUACAGUAUUAGAUGAACAAGCAUGAACUCAGCAGCUCACAAAUGUCGUCUUUGUUCUGCCAACUGUUAAAUUAACAAUCCUUCUGCUUUAGAAUUAAAUAUUAUUAUUUUUAACCUAAUUCUGUCUUAUAAUAUGCACUCCGAAUACUCAAAUUGUUUCUGUAUAGGGACCCUCCAUGCAAAGAUGGCAAUGCCCGAUUUCCAAUAGUACCCUUUAAACCUAUUUGAUC